AUGAAUUGUGCUAAUCAGAGAGAUAAAAUUACGGUAGAACGGUAUCUCCAAAUGCUUAAAAAUGAUGAGCUGGAAGGUGAUUUGACCGCAAUAUUUGGCCGACUGAGAAACACCGAACAGUUCUGGAAGAAACCAAGAAACGAUGUAAAUUGUAUGACUCAAAAUUACGGUCCAGCAACUUGGUUUCUUACCAUGAGUCCCUCUGAGUGGAUGUGGGAGGAUUUGGGAGAGUACAUCAGGCAAGUAAAUGGCGUUAAAAUGGCUAAUAAAACAAUCAGUGAAUUGGUUGCUCUUGACCCCGUAUCUACCUCACGUAUUAUAGAUAACAAGUUUCAUGCAAUGUUAGACUUAAUAACUAGUUCAGAUGAGCCUUUAGGUAAGAUUAUUCAUUACUUUUGGCGUCGAGAGUACCAAUCUAGGGGUGCUCAGCACUUCCAUUUAAUGUUAUGGGUUAAGGAUGCACCUAUUCUACAUAAGUCAUCUAUAGACGAGGUAGCGUCAUUUAUUUCUAAAUACGUGACAUGUGCCAUUCCAAAAAAAGAUAUUUCUCCUACUUUACAUCAACGGGUCACUUCGUAUCAAAUGCAUAAACAUAACAGUUAUUGCAUGAGGAGAAAGAAAACGAAAAAAGAAAUCGUUUCAGUUUGCCGUUUUGGAUUUCCUCGAACUGUGACAGAUUCUCUUAUCAUAAGAGACAUUUUUCAAUCUAUAGCGGCAAGAAAAACUCUCAGCUCUAAUAAUCGGCUCUACAAUAUUGUCCGCUCGAAGGAGUCAGAUAUGAUUAAUGACUACAAUCCCGCUUUGCUGUUGGCGUGGAAUGGAAAUAUUGACAUUCAAUAUGUUGGAGAGAAAACAGCCAUUUUGAACUAUUAUGUGACCAAGUAUACUACUAAAAGUGAAAAGACCCAUGCAACCGACAUGUUUAACGAUAUUAACUCUACAAAAAGUCUUAGAAGCCGGUUAUAUAAUAUUGGUCUCAGAGUAUUAGCGAAUCGAGAAUGCGGAGCUUUAGAAGCCAGCGAUACAUUAUUGGGAAUACCACUUUACGGCACGGACCCACAAACAACAAUAAGAUGGUUAGACGUAAACAUUCAUCGUAAUCGCAGGGUUAAAUCGAAAUCUGAAAUGACUGGACUGGACCCGAACUCCACUGACAUAUAUUACGAUUCUUGGAUAGACAACGUUUACCCUGCCAGACCUGACGAAUUACAAGACAUGAAUCUAUUUGACUUUUCGAAAGACUAUGAUUUAGUUAAUACACGGCCUGUUUCAAAUAAAGUAGAGUAUUAUGUUUUAGCAAAUAAAAAAUACUUAAAAAAACGAGAUAGACCAUACCUAAUUAACCAUUACCUGUAUGAUGUAGAGCAAAUGCCAGAAAAAUAUUUCUUUUCCUUGUUGUUAUUAUUUAAACCUUGGAGAAUACUAGAUGACCUAAAAAUGCAACAUGAGACAUACACAGAAACAUUUAAUGCUGUAAAGGACGAUUUACAAGAAGGUUUACGCUACGGAAAUUUACGGACUGAAUUACGAAAUAUUUUACAAACAGCUUUUGAAAAGGUAGAAGAAAAAGUAGCAGAACUAAACGAAGAAAGGGAAAACAUAGUAGAUGAAGGCCCCGACAAUCCUUUAGUGUUUGAAGCUUUGGAAGCGGUAAAUGCUAUGGAAGAUUUAAACAACUUUGAUUUAGUUGAAGCGGAUAUUUCUGAAAUGAAUGAGCAAGCAAUGAUAGAUAAACUGAAUUCUGAUCAAAAAAAAAGUAUUUGA